AGCUCGCCCAUGAUGGUGUGCAUGUGGAGCGCGUGGCGGCGGGGCUCCGUGUUGGCCGCGCGGCUCGCAAAGAGGGAUUGGCCGUGCAGUUUUUCCGCGGGCCUUUCUGUCAGAUACAGGGACUUCAGCACCAAGACGGCUCCUCACAUCCCCGGCAUGGAGUACCAGGAUGCCAUCUGCACGCUGAACACGUUACAGACCAACGCCAGCGCUCUGGAGCAGGUUCGCAGAGAGAGGUGUCUUCCUCAACUGCAGCUGCAGGCCAUGAGAGGCUUCCUGGAGAGAGCCGGACUCACUGUGGAGGAGCUUGACCAUCUCAACAUCAUUCAUGUGACGGGAACAAAGGGCAAGGGGUCAACGUGUGCGUUCACUGAGCAGAUGUUAAGAAGCUACGGCUUCCGCACAGGAUUUUACAGUUCCCCACAUUUGGUACAAGUCAGGGAGAGGAUCCGGAUCAACGGACAGCCCAUUGGGAAAGAGCUUUUUACUAAAUACUUCUGGCAGGUGUACGGACGGCUGGAUGAAACUAAGGAUGCUCAUGGAGGGAUGAUGCCGGCUUAUUUCCGCUUCCUCACCAUCUUGGCCUUCCACGUGUUUCUUCAGGAGAAGGUGGAUUUAGCUGUGAUUGAAGUUGGGAUUGGUGGAGCGUACGACUGCACCAACAUUAUAAGGCGUCCGUGGGUGUGUGGCGUCUCGUCUCUGGGAAUCGACCACACUCAGAUUCUUGGAGACACCAUCGAGAAGAUCGCCUGGCAGAAAGGAGGCAUCUUCAAACCGGGGGUUCCUGCCUUCACAGUCAAACAGCCAGAGGAUGCGAUGGUGAUGCUCCGGAGCCGAGCCAAAGAGAUGAGAAGUCCUCUGCGGGUGUGUCCAGAUCUGGAAGAGUACCAGACGGACUGUGGAUCUCUUGUUCUGGGUCUGGCCGGGCAGCACCAACGCUCCAACGCCUCCCUCGCCCUCCAGCUCAGUCACACAUGGCUGCAGAAAAGAUGUCUACCAGCAGAGACAAGCUUUCCCUCCACGAGUGAUGAGAACACAGAGGUCCUUCAGGGGGCCGCCUUCACGCCCAGCCCCAUCAUGGUGAAAGGUCUGGCGGACACAGAGUGGGCGGGGAGGAACCAGACUCUGAGACACGGAGCGGUGACCUACUUCCUGGAUGGAGCUCACACGAUGCGCAGCAUGAAGGCCUGCGUGCACUGGUUCAGAGAAACUGCAUCCCAGCAUGAGAGGAACUCCAGUGGAGCUGUGGCCAGAGUCCUGCUGUUCAACGCCACCGGAGAGAGAGACUCAGCCGCCAUGUUGAAACUGCUGGUGCCGUGUCAGUUUGACUUUGCUGUUUUCUGCCCGAACAUCACCGAGGCCAUGGCUUCAUGCAACGCAGACCAGCAGAACUUCAACGUGUCGGUGGAGAACAUGCUGACCCGCUGCCUGGACAACGAGAGGAGCUGGCACCUCCACAACAGCCAGGUUUCUAACAAAGGCUCCCAGCUGCUGAUUGAGGGCAGUCUCCCGAAGAAGACGACGACGACGGACACGCUGGUGUUCCCCUGCAUCCUCAGCGCCCUGCAGUGGAUCACUCAGGGUCGGGAUCCGGUUCUGACUGACCCGGUUCUCCCGGUGAAACCUAGCAUCAACGCUAAAGCUGCUCCUCUCUGUGAUGCCUCUGAGAUCCACAUCCUCAUCGCUGGGAGCCUCCACCUGGUGGGGGGGGCGCUCAAACACCUGGACGCAGCUAACUACAAGUAAACAGACAUGGGGUAUUAGUGGAUUUCAAUAAUGGGAUGUUCUCAUUCCUCUUCAAAUCUAAAUGAGGUGUGUGUGGUGCUAGCUUUUUGGACUGAAUGAGACAAGCUGCACCGAGGUACUGUUAGCUUUCCUACAGUAGCUGAUGCUAGCGCUCAAACACCUGGACGCAGCUAACUACAAGUAAACAGACAUGUGAAAUUAGCGAAUUCAAACAGUUUAAAUAAUGGGAUGUUCUCAUUCUUCUUGAAAUCUAAAUGGGGUAUGUUUGGUGUGAGCUUUUUUGGACUGUGUCUUCAGAGGUUUACCUGAAUGAGACGGGCUGUUAGCUUGAUGCUAGGAGCUGAUGCUAGGAGGCGGGACCAGGGCAGCUCCACCCAGAUCCGUACAGACGAGCAGGGGGAAGAUCACUUAAGUCUUAAUGAAGCCAAACAUGUUUACAAUGAUCUGAAAGGUGCAUUCAGGUGCAGCACGACGAGCGGAGCUGACUCAACUGGAACUGUGUGCCUCGGGAUGACCGCAGCGUCGUCUCAUUAUAUUACAGAAACAGAAACACGACAGAAAGUGCUUCAUGGAGUUAUGAUUUAUUGUGAUUUUACUAUCAAUUGGAACACUUGACUAUUACGAAGAAAGCCAUUUUGCACGGCUUCUAAUUUUGCUGGAUUUUGACAAUGUAUUUCACACAUGGCCUACUCGUUUCCUUUUUGUACGCGAGUGUAACUUUGCUAAUGUCCUCCGAUGAAGUCAUGUAACUAGCUCUCCUUCCGUGCCAUCUGUCAGACUGUACACUGAAAUUAUAGUAAUAUAUAAAUGGUCCUUCAUUUGCAUUAUCUGACACUACAUACAAGUAUCGUAUGUAAAAUGUUUUUAAAAGAUAUUGAAACUGUAUAAAAAAUACAUUUGUAAUCGGGGUCUUCAUGUUGUCAUGGUGAUUAAGUGACGCUAACGGGUGUAACCUCAAGUGAGUUUACAUUUCCUUUCAGAAUAAACCAAGAAUAUUUGUCACUUGUUGCAAGUGUCUGAAAUACGAGUUAAUAAAAAAUGGCUUUGCAAA